UUCGCACGAAGAGCUUGUCGCUCGCGCUACAGACGCUCAGCGUCGUCUCGCCGUAUCGCAUUCCCCAGUUUUUUUAUUUUUGUAAAAGUUCGUUUUCGAAUCGAUAAGCAGUUCGUCUGAUAAAGUUUCUCAUCUUGAUAAGACAUACCUAGUCUUCUCGGCGGAGCUUGAGUGCAGUUCGACGCUGAUAGCGAACCGCGAAAGUUGUGUUGACCGCGUGCUCCGCGCGCUUUUUUCGCUCGUUUUCUGAGUCUAUUUUCCGGUUAAAAUGUGUGCCGAGUUCGAGCAGUGCUGUGUUACGUGCCUGUGUUUGCUGUCUUUGACGUAUCUCACCGCUGCGGCGCCAUGGACCAAAAACCCCAAGCAAGGAGACGUGUCAGAAUUGGAGGCGAGAGCUGACUUGGCCAAAGAAAUCGGCUGGAUGGAGAACAGUUCGUCGGAGGAAAAUAAAAUGGAGCGGCAAAGGGUGCCUUUAUUCGAGUACAACACCAGGAUCAAUUACAUCUCGCAAGAGGACGAAGACAUCGAGGACUUGGAGGCUAAGGAAUUGGAGGCAAAAGCUGAUCUCAUCGAAAGGAAAAACAACAAAACCAAAUUCACGCCCAUCUCUCCCGACAUGGACUCUGACAACAUCAAAGAGGAUGACAUCACAGAUGCAGAUGAAAAUGAGAUGGAGUCUCUUUCGGUGGUCUGGUACCUGGGAGCUUUUGGUGGCCUAGUGACCUUCUUCCUGAUCAUAGUGUGCUCCGAGUUCUGUUUUGGAAAUGCCAUGUACCGUCGGCACAACCCCAAUGAAUACAUUAAUCGUGUCAAUGUUUACGCUGAUGCCUACUUCCCACAGACUCCCCCACCUCCAUACCAUCUCUUCGCUCCUCCAACCUACACUGACACACUCCAAAGAAAGUUCAACAACGGGAAACUAUCCAUUGAAAAGAAUGACACAUUCAAGAAGGAGUCUCUCGAUAACAGCCAAAUUUACAUCGUUCCAGUUCACCAGAGUAAAAUGCCGUACCCGCCACCAAGCUAUACGGCUUAAAAAUAUGCAUUUUUAUUGAAGUUGGCAGUCACUGACUGAUUUUUUGUGAAUUUAAAAGGUAAAGGUAAUGGAAACCUUUCCUACAGCACAGCUGCGCUGUGAAGUUAUUGAACGAAGGAGUCUCGAUCCCACCUUGGGGUACGUUGCAACUCCUAAAUCUUGUGAGAAAGCAGUUGAGAAUUUUAUUUUUUUGAGAGUUUAGAAUGAAGAGUUUUAGCUUUGGUUGCUGAAACAGGUUGAUUGGUUCUUGUAAAACAGGAUAUGCAAACCAUGCCACUUUUUAUUGCAUUUACAAAAUUUACUGUGUUUUACAAUGGUGUGAUUUUACGCACAGUUCAUGUCUACUCUGGAAAAAUCCUUACGUGACCGAGGUGGCAUGUUAACACUAAAGAUAAAAUAUUUGGAUGUGAAAUUGUAUGCUAGUUUAAGAAGUAGAAUUUUUGGCUGCAAGAGGGAUUUUACAUGCAUGUGUGAAGAACUCAUGUUUCACGAAAUCUCAAUGUUAAGUAGGCAGCAAAAUGCAUAUCAGAUUUUACCAUUUUGUUCUGAUGUAAAUGUGUCCUACAUUUCUUAGAUGCAAAAUAUUUUUGCAGUUGUGUGUCAGUAUUAUUGAUUUUUAAUCAAAAUUGAACUCUAACAUUUUAUGCCAUAAAAAUUUAUUCAAGAGCAAAUUUUUGGAGACCCCGGUUUGGUCCUUUAGUUAAAAUUUAAUUUUAUCACCGUCGGCUCAUCAUUUAAAUGCCUGACUGAUUUCCUACCUGCUUUGAAAACUGAUAACUGAAAACUCAGAAUGUAAUUGCCCUGUCAAUUUAAUACAACUGGAAAGUACUUUUGGAGAGCAUUUAAAAAAAAGAAGUGAUCGAAUUAAGUUACCAUUGUUAUGCCAAACUAAUUUUUAUCAAUGCUACUGACUAGGUACACAGAAAAUUGCCUUCAGUUUCCUUUCUUCUCCUGAAAAUAUGAUUUAUUUUCAAGAUCUGGAAGGAUUAGAUACUUUCGAUACUUAUUGUUAAUAUUCUAAGCAUGUACCUGGUGCCAUAAGUGCCAUGAUGUUCAUUGUAAAAAUAAUUAAUUAACUAUUUAUUUGUGUAAUUUAUUCUAAUUUCUCACAUUCUAAGUCAAUUAAAGAAUAAGAACUGAUAAUUUCUUUAAUUGAGUGGGUUUGUAAAAUAUUGAAGCUCAUGCCUUAGAUCUGAUAGAUAAGUAGGUAGCAAAACCAAUAUGUAAAUUUACUGUAAAUAUUUGAAAAGUUCAAUUUAUUGUUAUUCCAUUCUUAAGAAUUUAAUUGCAAGCUAAGCAAGAACAUGUAUAAUUUAGUUUAAUUAUCUCAUAGAAUCAAAAUUUAGGGGUGCAAGUUCUUGCUUGCUGACUGGUAUCUCAUUAUGCUUUUCUAAAAAAAAUUUCAAGAGGGCCUUAAAAUUAAUGGACUCACCUCGAUGUUUCUACAUUCUUUUUUCUACUUUGAAACAUUAGUUUUGUUCCAUUUUAUUAUGUAUUUUGAAUUAAAUAGAGCGAUGUUCCCGUUAUCCUUAAUUUAAGUACCGAAUUCAAAACAGAACUGAAA